AUGGCGACUAUAACUAAGAAAUCAAGACGUGGGCGAAAAGCAUUCAUCAUUCCAGAGAAAACCGAUACUACUGGUCAAUGCCACUUCAUGAUAGUACGUCGGGUUCCGGAAGUUGUCAAGAAUAAAAAGAAGAACAGUUGUCGAAAUUGUGAUAUAAGUGACGAAUAUGUCAAUGUUCUUUCAGAGAGGAUAAAUAAACUUGAACAUUUAAUAAACAAUCUUGAAAAAAAUGUCAAAGAUCUUGAAAAAAGACAAUUAAGCAUAAACGACAUUAAUGAUACAGAAUUUUCAAGAAUGGACACUGAUUCUUUGAUUAAAUUCUCUGAACGUUUCGUGCAAUCUACGCCUUGCAAUCAAAAUCAAAACGAAGUAUUUAUUAAUCAAAACAUUGUCCCGCAAUAUUUUGACGCCUUACCUUUUGAUACAAGGAAAAAGAUAGACAAUAACUUUAAUCAAUAUCUACCUAUUUUACGUGAGAAUUUACGUAAGAAUUUACGUGAGAAUUUACGUGAGAAGAUUGGAUACAUUCGUCAUCAGGCGACUGGUACAAUUGUUGCCCAAAAUUUUUUCCGUGUAGGACAAAGUUGGGACAAAGUUAACGUUCGAAAUUACGAGAUUGGUGAUUUGGCAUCAUCUCCCCCGGGCAUAUGUUAA